GAUACAGACUAUCUCGGGCUCGUGGCUCUGCAAACUCGGGUGCCUGCAUGAGCGCAUAUAUAAAAUGUCUGACGUGCCCUCGUCUAACGCGUCAUUAACCUCAUCAGCACUCCAAACACUGCCUAGAAAUAACGAUUGCAACAAAAUACACCAUGACUCCUGCUCCAGUGAUUGUCAUCGGCGCUACCGGCGACGUUGGCUCAGCAGCCGCCCGCUUCGCCGAACAACACGGAUCCUCAGUCGUGCUGGCCGUGCGCGAUCUCGAGAAGCCCGUGCCCGGCCUAUCCGCCGCCGCCGAAAAGGCAGGCCGAUAUGAGCGCGUGCAAAUCGACCUGUUCCGCCCAGACACCAUCGAGGCCGCUGUGCGUACGACCGGUGCAAAGCGCGCGUUCCUUUAUGCAACCCUUGGCUCACAAGACAUUGUUCCCGACAUUAUCGGCGCUCUCAAAGCAGGCGGUGUCGAGUUCGUCGUGUUUCUCAGCACUGUGAGCAUUGCGACGGCCGGUGACGACCUGUCCCAAGUCGGUCCAGAGAAGUACAUCCCGUGGCUGCACGCGCAGUACGAGAUACAGCUCGAAAAGACAUUUGGCAAGCAAGGCUACGUGGCGCUACGCGCGGGCUUCUUCAGUAGCAACAUGAGGUGGUACUACGGGGGUAUUGCCAAGGGUGAAGUCCGCGUCGCAUACCCAGACGCACUGCUCGAGUUGUGCACACCCGAGGAUCUUGGCCGCGUGGCUGCUUCGUUUCUCAGUCAAAAGCCCGAAACCGUCACAGACGAACCGGCUAUCGUGCUGUCAGGUCCGGAGCCGGUGACUCUACGUCACGCGCUGGAAAUUAUUGGGACGGUGCUGGGGCGGCCGAUCAGGGUGGUUAGGGUCGACCAGGAAGAGAAUGUGCAGGAGAUGAAACAAAUGCUUGGCGAUGCCACAGCUCGCACGCUUGUCCAAGAGUUUGUCGAGCGGGAGACGGCCGGGGACGAUGUCAAGCGCAUCAUCGAGGAGGGAGCCGUCAACAUGCGCAAAUAUGCACAUGGAGGCCAGAAUAUGGAGAAGUGGGCGCAGGAGAACAAGGACUCGAUAAUUGCAGCUCUAUCUGGAUCAGGAUAGGGUUAUUUAAGCGAUCUGUGGUGCAGCUCUGGGUGGUUCACUUCAGGGUAUUCUAUAUGUAUCGUCCACUCUGUACCUAGUUGGUGCUUCUUGGAAUUUACUCGAAUUAUUUGCCGAA